GGAGAGGAAGAGUCGAUGACGUCCCCGCUCGCGCUCUCCAAUCAAGAUAUAAUCAACAGCCUUGGUUCAAGUGGCAGAAGGAAGCCGGGGCUUCUCCAGCAGCCGGUCCCCUCUCUCUCUCUCUCUCCAGCUCCCCGGCUCCUCUCUCCCCCACCUCGUGCCGCUUUCCCCUCCCGCCCCUUUUCUCUCUCCCACCCCCGGCUCCCCCCCUCGGGGUGCCGCUUUCUCUUGGCUGGGGUCCCCCUCGAAGCUGCCACCCUGAAGUUUCUGGUGGUGCUCCUGGCCGCAGGGAUGCUGGCUUUCCUUGGUGCAAUCAUUUGCAUCAUCGCGAGCGUCUACCCUGCGGCCGGCGGCAAAGGAGCUCUCCAAGGUGCUGACAAUGGCUCCAACGCCGCGGCCGCGGCCCUGCUGCCCGCCUCGGGCUCGGCCGACAAGACGCUGGGCGCUCUCCAUGGUGCUGGAGAGAGCCCCUACGGGGGCUUCUCGGCGGGGCCCCACGACGCGCUGCUGGACCUGCUGGCCAGCGCCCGGCCGCAGCAGCACCAGCAGCUCUUCAGCCGCUUCCUGUGCACCCCGCUGACCGUCGAGUGCCCGUCGGAGGGGAGCCCGCAGGGGGACAGCCCCGGGGCGGCCGCCGCCAGCGAAGAGCUGCUCUUCCUCCAGAGCACGGCCGAGCAGCUGCGGCUGACGGCGCAGCAGCAGAAAGACCAGAUCCUCAUUGACCAGGAGACCAUCCGGGAGCUGACCACCAAGCUGAGCCGCUGCGAGAACGGCCUUGAACUUAGUUUCCAGGAUAGCCCCUCCGUCUGGGGCGUCCCCAGGCAAGACACCAUGGGCGACCUGCCCUGGGACUCGCCGGCCAUGAUCCAGGAGCUCGAGGAGGCUGUCAGGUCGCUGAAAGACAGGAUCGACAAGAUAGAGCAGGAUAUUCCAGCCCGAAUGAAUGCUACUUCUGCUCCUGUGCCAGCCCAAGAGACAAUCCAUAACAAGAUGGAAGAACUGGAGGAGCAGAUCCUCUCCAAGAUUUUAGCUCUGGAGAAAGACCGGCCAUCUGUCCCCAACAACCACGACUUGCAACAGCAAGAUGUAGAGAAGGAGCUGGAUGCCCUCCAGAACCGGGUCACUGAGCUUGAGCAUGAAACUACAGCCUUCAACAACCCAGAAGCGUUCAAAGUCACCAUCCCCGUACGAAACAACUAUAUGUAUGCGCGGAUGAAGAAGAGCUUGCCUGAGCUUUAUGCUUUCACAGUCUGCAUGUGGCUGAAAUCUAAGGGCCCAGCAGGGGUGGGCACCCCUUUCUCCUACUCAGUACCAGGACAAUCCAAUGAGCUUGUAUUGCUGGAAUGGGGAAAUAACCCCAUGGAGCUGAUAAUCAAUGACAAGGUGGCUCAGCUGCCCAUGAGUCUAAAGUCUGGGAUGUGGCACCACAUCUGCCUGACCUGGAUCACACGCGAUGGCAUAUGGUCAGCAUAUGAAAAUGGGGAGGAGCGUGGGGCCGGUGAUAACCUGGCAUCCUGGCAUCCGGUCAAACCUCAUGGUGUGAUCAUCUUGGGCCAGGAGCAGGAUGCAUUGGGUGGAAGAUUUGAUGCCACUCAGGCCUUCGUUGGUGAAAUUUCUCAGUUCAACAUGUGGGAUCAUGUCCUGACCCCGGCAGAGAUUUUGGGCUUAGCCAACUGCACGGCCCACCUGCGAGGCAACAUCAUCCACUGGGAUGAAAAACUGGUUGAGGUCCAUGGAGGGGCAGCCAAGUGGAGCUUUGACGUCUGUGAGGAGAGGAUGAAGGCGUGAGAGGUCCUUGUCCCUACCAAAGGAGCAUGAAAGCUACUUCCCCUUCCUCCAUUCUACUUAAGGAAUGAGGCAGCACGGGAGAUCUUUAUCCCCAUACAAAAACAUCCUGGAGUCUGAAUUGGUCUGGGGAGAGAGCUGCGUGUGUGAGUGUGUGCAUGUGUGCAAGGGACAGGGAAACCUUCUGAACUUCAAAGAAAAUUGUGACACUGUGUUUUUUCAUUGUUUCAGUAAAACUCUUUCUGAUUCAUACCGUGAGUGGCAAGGCCCUCCAAAAAGACGGCCUGUGUGUGUGUGUGUGUGUGUGUGUGUGUGUGUGUGUUAAGGAGCGGUAGGCCAUAUCCCAACAACAGUGUGAUGAAGGCCAGGGGCUGGUGUUGUGAAUGGGAAACUGUUGGUGGAACUGGUAUUGCCAACAUUGCUCCCCCCCUUCCCAUUUUGCUGGUGCCAUCAUUGAUUUGAUAAGGGGGUUCUGAUAAGCAGGAUUCUGAAGGCUUUAAAAUUUGCUUGGUAGUGGCGGUAUUUGCCCAUGAGAAGCCAUUGAUUGUCUUGGAAUACACAAGCCAAUAUUCCUUUAGUCUUUGCAUGCAACCACCAGGAAGUUCCACUGACUUUUUUGCCUUCUGGCCUCUGAUCUCUAGCCUUCACUAGUAAGGCAGCCCUUUGCCAACAGAUUCCUUCAUUCAACAAAGGCCUAAAUUCUAGGUUCGGGUUCUCUUCUCCUUACGAUAAUCCAACAUUCCACCCCAGAUACGAAGCCAUUUGAAAUGCUGUGUGGUUUGCACAGUUCUGUUCAUUUUUAAUGGGACUUAAGAUUCCAAAUUCUUUUAACAGCUUUUUCUUUUUUUAAAAAAAGAAUCCAUUGUUUUAUACUUUAUUAUAGCUUUUAAAGAGGCAACGCAUAAGUGGCAACCAGAAAAUUCUGACUUUCCUACCUAACCCUUUAUCUACGGGAGCUGCUCUUCCCAUCUCUUCCCUUCCUCUAAGGGCUGAUUCGCACAUGCAUGUUCUUUUACUUGAUUUCUUGUCACUUGACGGUGUUAUCACUUGAUGACUCGCAGCUGAUCAUGUGAAUGGCUUCCAUUCAAAAGCAUGGUGUUGGAAGAGAUGUGUGAUAUGAUAGGGAAGUCUCACUGUCUUUUUGAUCUGUGAUGACUGCUCUACCCAGGCAAGUCACUAUUAUUUGGCGAUGAAGGCCACAUGCACACCAUACAUUUAAAACAGCCACGGCUCCCCCCAAACUACAGCUCCCAGAAUUCUUUUGCGGGAAGGCAUGACUAUUUAAAGUGGCAUCACAGUCCUUUAAAUGUAUAGUGUCAAUGUGGCCGUAAUAAUCAAACAAUGGACUUGCAUGCACGAAUGAGCUCUAAUGCUACACAGCUUCUUAAUGGAUUAGGCAACACAAAAUUGUAUGAGCAGGUCGACUCUCCUGCUGCUGACCCCUUGUAGAUUGCUUCCAACAGUUAUAAGCCUUCUGGUAAAUGAGAAGAAGAACAGCCAACAGGUCACAGCAGGAUCACUUCCUGACAAUCCAAUGUCCCUGCUCAAGAAAGGAACCAUAAAGACUCCUCCUCGCUGUGAAAGCAGAGGCUAGAUGGCCAGUUGCUGGGUGUGCUCUACUUUAGGAUUUUCUGUGUUGAGCAGAGGUUUCAAUUAGAUCCAGGCUGCUGGACCUUAGGCAGAGAAAGAGAGAGAUAAGUGGUGGCAGAAAACGAGAGAAAAGGAGUAGCAGAAUAAGAGAGGAAAGUAUCAAACCAGAAGAAUGAUCAGCAUCUACGUUUUGGCUUUCUAGAUAUUAGUUUAGAUGCUCAUGACAUACUUUCUCCAAUGCUUGCGGUGCAUUGACUUAAAGCACUCAAAUGGGGAAUGAGUAGUAGAGACUAGACAAGAGCUUUCCAAACUGUGCGUUGCGACACAUUAGUGUGUCGGCUGCAGUGUGCAGGUGUGUCACGCAACCGCUCCCUCCACUCCUCCCGGGGCUGGAAAGGGGUUAGUUAAACCUCUAAUUUGCUGGUAAAACUGAACUACUGUGUUGCGAAACGAUGCAUGUCUAAAAAGUGUGUCACCAACAUGAAAAGUCUGGAAAGCUCUGGACUAGACAUUGCUCAAUUAUU